AUGGCAGUGCCUCUCUCAGCAAAGGAUAUCAUUUCUUCUUCUCCUUCCGACCUCCUUGUUGGGCCUAGCCGCACGACGUCUGACAAUACGCAUAACCUGGAAUUUCAAAGAACACUCGUACAUUGGAAGAAGUUUGAAGAGGAGGUACGCGCCUCAUCGAACGAUGUGCGAUGGGCUAGUUAUCCAUCUGCCCUUCCAUAUGGGUCUGUCGCAGCAAAUCAACAUCAAGUGAUACCGUCCGAACCAGAAGUGUGGCGCUGUGGUGAUGCGAACAGCGUGUCCCAUCGUAUUGGCCUUAUCACAGGACAGGCAUUUCGUACUCUCCAAAUUCCCAUCUGGUUUGGGGACUACAAAGCAUACCGACUCACCAGUUCUGCCAAAACACCCGAUAUUGUCAUGACCGACGAGGAGGGUAAUUUAGCAGCACUGGGGGAAAUUAAGAGUCCAUGGAUACUGAUUCUGAGGGAUGCUACCGGGGAAGGCCAAGAGGGCUAUCGACAUUGCUUGGGGCUAUUGGGUAAAUACAUGCAUAUUCAUCAAGUCAAGUAUGCGUUUCUCACUACAUACAAUGAGACCAUAUUUUGCAAACAAGAUCUGCCGCCAACAAAGUCGCAGAGAAAGAGGCCGGGAAGGGGCCAAGAACUUGCCUUAUGGUAUUCUGACGUGAUUCAACACAAUGGGGCUUCUCAACUUGUAUUCCUGCGCGAGUGCUUUCUUUUUCUGGGUAUCCAGGUUCGCGAUGGGGAUUACAAAUUCGAAAAUAUCAUGCGACUGAGAAAUUGGGUCAACGCUAGGACAGGCUCGUAUCCUGAUCAUGAGAACCUCUCUCCAGAUGAUACAUCAGCCUAUGCUGAGCGACGUCAGCAGGGACGUGAGCCUCGGGCCACUGACCGAUUUACUAUAUCGCAAGCGCGAAACGCACUUGGUUAA